AUGGAAGAACAUAAUUUUGUUGUUGGUCAAGAAUUCACUGAUGUCAAGGCAUUUAGGAAAGCCAUUAAGGAAGCUGCAAAUGCACAACACUUCGGGAUUCCCAUCAUCAAAAGCUAUCUGAUUCGUUACUUUGCAAAUUGUGCAUCAGAAGGUUGUCCAUGGCGAAUACGUGCUGUGAAGCUUUCCAAUGCCCCAACCUUCACUAUAAGAAGCCUUGAAGGAACCCACGCUUGUGGAAGAAAUGCUCACGAUGGUCAUCAUCAAGCGUCGAUAGAUUGGAUAGUGAGCUUUAUAUAUGAAAGGUUGCGGAGUGAUAUUAAUUACAAGCCAAAAGACAUAUUGCAUGACAUUUAUAAACAGUAUGGCAUAAAGAUAUCUUAUAAACAAGCUUGGCGUGCGAAGGAAAGAGGGCUUGCAGCGAUUUAUGGCUCUUCUGAAGAAGGAUAUUACUUGCUUCCUGCAUAUUGUGAACAAAUAAAGAGUACUAACCCUGGAAGUGUCGCCGAAGUAUUUACAACUGGAAUCCAGCUCAAGGGCAAGUAUCUUGGGACCUUGUUUUCAGCUACUACUUUUGAUGCCAAUGGGGGUUCGUUUCCACUGGCCUUUGGUAUUGUUGACGCAGAAAAUGAUGAAAGUUGGAUGUGGUUUCUUUCAGAGUUUGGAAAGAUUGGGAAAGAGUUUAAGAAUAUAAGGCUUGUCCAUCUUCUUUGGAAAGCUGCAUAUGCCACAACUACAAUAGUUUUCAAGGAAAAGAUGGCUGCAUUCGAAGAAAUCUCUUCUGAUGCUGCCAAUUGGUGGAUUCUAGAAGCUCAGGAGUUGCGUAUUAUUCAGGUAAUCGAACAGAUUCAUGCUAAACUGAUGGAGUUUGAGGAAGGGCAAUUGAGGAGUAGUUCUUGGUUUUCUGUACUUGCCCCUUGA